CCUUGCCUAUUAAAUAAAGCAGUUUCAGAUAGAAACAAGUAAGCCACAGAGAUGGGAGCUUUAUACGUACCAUGUCUAGUACUUUCUUUGUGCGUGUAUGAAACAUUUGGGCAGGUAUCCUUACCCCAGAACAAGACAUCUGAUAAAAAUGGUUUGGUACCUAGUACCGCAUCGGAUAAAGCGUCCAAUGUCUUAAGGGAAAUUCUAAAUCAGGAGAGCCUUGUACGUUUCUCAAUGGUACAAAGAAUCCAGGACUUGGUCAUGGAUGCCAUAGACAAUAAAAACAAUCGGGAAGUUAUGAAGACAAAACUCGCGAGUCUUAAAAAUGAUUUACAGGAUCUGGAGAUCAAAGACCAGCAAAUAAGGGUGGAAAACGUGGAGCUGAAACGAGAAUUGAAGAUUUUGGAUGAAAAGCUAAAUCAGAUCAGUGAUACCUUACAGGUAAUCAGUGAAAAUAACAUCGUCUAUCGGGUCGCUGCAACAGAAGACACGUUGAAUAUUUUAUCCGCCUAUGUUAAUAAAUCUCUUGAAAAAGCUAACGAGGACGUAACUGAGUUCACGUUCAAAUGGUCCCAAUGGACUGAGUUUCGUAGUCUCCAAAGGACAGGAGUCGUGUUCACAGCAGUGAUUAAAAGUACAACAGCUAUUGGAUCCUCCCAAACAGUUGUAUUUCCACAUGUAAUAACCAAUAAGGGAAAUGCUUAUAACCCAAGUGAUGGGGUAUUUACUGCCCCCAUAAACGGAACAUAUGUAUUCUUUUGCUCUAUCAUGUCAGAAAAAUCACACAACUCCUGGGUAAAAAUAAAUAAAAAUGGAGUUUCUCAGGUUGUCAUUGGUGCACGUGGAGAUUCAAAAUCUGUAUAUUCAGCAGCUUCUAACAUGAUCAGUCUUGAAUUGAUCAAAGGUGAUCGGAUAUGGGUAGCUGCAUAUGUAACAUCGCCUCGACUCUAUUCAGAUAAUGGAAAUCCAAUUGCAACUUUUUCUGGAUUUUUAUUGUAAAACUAAAAUUGACACCCGAUAUUCCUUGUAUACAUGUUUAUAAAAUUAAAAAAAAAUACUAAUCAUGCUUGUCAAAAUCUUAGAUUCAUAUGUAUUUGAUUUUAUCAUCUUUUUUUCAAGAAUAUUUUUUGCCCUCUGAAUCGUAUACGUGUAUUUAAUCCGGGUUUUAUUCCAUACAACCUGAGGCUGAAGAAUACAACCCGUGGUAUAUCACAGUACUCCCCUGAUAAGCCUUUAUAAACGAAUCCAUUUCCUAUGUAACCUUAAAAAUUCUCAACUGUGUCUCAAUCAAUUGAUAAAAUAACUACGAACUACAAUGCAUCGUAACUUUCGUAUUUUUCUUAUCAAAGAAAAAAGUUUAUUGUUUCGAAUUCACGUUUUAUUUACCACCGGCUCAAGUCGGCUGCCUGGAGAUUUACAUCCGUUCUGUAACCAAUCAAAGCUUUUGUAACAAGAUACAUAGAAAAUAAAGUUUUUGAUUUGUA